ACAUCUAUGACUUGUGAAUUCUGACAGACCAACUAUUAUUUUUCUAAGUUCUCUUUCUCUCUCUCGCUCUGCUACCACACUGCAUCUUCGUCCACUUCCUUCUUCUCUUUCCUUUCCAUCACUUUCUUGAUAGCUUCCUCACCAUCUCUCUCAUGGCAGCUUUUUCUCAUUACCAGUACCACCACCUUCCUUUCCUCCUUGACACUUCCUCGUUCGUCUCGUCAGCUUUCGGAGACCAGCCUCUUAUAAAUAGUAACAGCACUCUUCAUCAUCAUCAUUAUCCCCAGCAAGAGCAGCACCUACCUCCAAUUCACCAGACUUCUUCAAACUUUGCCGAUAACGAAGAAGAAACUGAUAAUAAUCAAAGCUCCGACAUGACUGUUACUACUGAUACCAAAACUCACACUCCUCCCGACACCCCCAUGGCUCAGGUUAAGCUUGAAAAUGGCGACCAUACUCCUCAGACGAAGAAGAAGAAGAGGGUGAAUUGCAGAAAUGGUUCUUCGAAGAAGGGAGCAGAAGGAAGAGACAAGAAACAGAAGAAGAGCAAUAGUAAUGGUGUGGUGAGAGAAGAGGAAAAGCCAAAAGCAGGAGAGAAACAGGAACAGGAGAAGAAAAUUACACUAGAGCCCCCAACAGGCUAUAUCCAUGUCAGAGCCAGGAGGGGUGAAGCAACGGAUAGUCACAGCCUCGCCGAAAGGGUGAGAAGAGAGAAAAUAAGUGAGAGGAUGAGGAUGUUGCAGCGACUCGUCCCAGGUUGUGAUAAGGUAACUGGAAAAGCGCUCGUGUUAGACGAAAUCAUCAACUAUGUUCAGUCCCUUCAGAACCAAGUGGAGUUUUUGACGUUGAAGCUUGCUGCUGUAAAUCCCAUGUUCGGAGACUUCACAGCGGGCCAAGACACUCUCAUGGGUACACCAGAUAGAUUAAACAGUGUAGCUUCGCCGCCUCUGCCAUCCGUUCAACAAUGCAGUACCAAUCAGGCCACACAUUUUGCUGAUGACUAUCCUUUGGAUUUUAUUCAAGGACAGAGAUCCAAUGUCUUCUCUUCCCUGGAUGCUGUUGGUGAGUUCUGGGAUGCAGAAGACCCACGACAAAAGUUUCCUAAUCCUCGCGGCUUCAGCACCGACCUAUGUUCCUUUCAAUCUUGAAAUUCAGAUAAACAUGACGUGUAAGUCAUCAUCAAUCAGAUAUAUAUAGGGUUUUGUCUUUCCGAAAGAGAAAUUCUGAUGAAGGAAAAACCAAAGCCACGCAUGGUAUCUCAGUAUAGAUAUGGAAUUAGGAGAAUUGUUCGGUUAUAAUAUAACAAUCUGGUUUGGUUGCUGGUCCAUCAUCAGAUAUGAAAGUUUAGAUUUUUGGAACGUGAAUAAAGCAGGGGCUGAGAAAUUAAUGGAAGAAGAACCCGAAAGGACAGAGACAUUUCCGACCGAAGAAAAAACAUAUCUUUUGCUAGAUUCCUUGUUCUGUUCUGGUUCUGGUUCUGGUUCUGGUUCCUGCUAUCCUUUUUUUUUUUUUUUUGACUCUCCCGAGAGUCUUACGAUGCACAGAUUCCUAGAGAGACUCUGUAUCAAUAUCGACCCGAGAGAUCGACAUUGAUCAGACAUUGAAUAGAUGUAGUGUGAAAUUAUUGACUGAUUGUUUUGGGGGGUCGUUAUUCUGUUGGUACAGUUAAUUGAGCCGUUAUUCAGAAUUGAGAGGUUCAUGUUAUUAGUAUUAUUGAUGGUCGCGUUGGAGAGACAUGGCCAAUCACUCAUGCAUUUGUUGUUGGUUCAGUUAUGUUUAUGUAUCUGUAGAAUCUUCAGAAAUUUGGCGUUAUUGUGAUUCUUUUUCAUUAUGAUCA